CAGUGUUAAGUCGGACUUUGUUAUAGAAAGAAUCCACGUUCUAGAUCCCCUUGUAUGUUUUCUAUUCACUAAAUACCAUUUGUGCUUAGGAUAAAAAUGUUUUGGGGAUAUGAAGAGUUAAAUUCCUUUUUUUUCUUUCUUUUCUCAGAUUUCCUAUUUAGCCACACGGUGGAGCCUGAGACAAGCAUACGGAGGCUGGAUUAAUUUCGCACAAGCCUCAUAAACUGUCUCUUUUUCUCUCGCUGCACCUGUUAUGUCCAAGAUCUGGCCCCUGCCUGACAAUUACUUUGAAUUCCAAAGGACCAGAGACCUAGGAUGAGGUUCGUUGCAUUUUCCCACAACCUGCUUUUCAUAUUUUCACUUUUUUUUGGGUGGACUGCAGCCAGCCUUGACUUGGGACAGAAUCCGUGCACCACACUGGUUCAGGGUAAAUUUUUUGGAUAUUUUUCCUCUUCGUCUGUCUUUCCUUUGAACUCAUCAGUGUGUUCGUGGAUUAUCCAGAAUCCAGAUCCUAGGAGAUAUACUUUGUAUAUGAAAGUAUCAAAACCUUCUGGCAUAUGCGACCAUCAGCAGAUACGAACCUCACAGUUUGACUCGUUUCUGGAGUCCACUCGUACGUACUUGGGGAUGGAAAGUUUUGACGAUGUGUUGAAACUGUGUGACAGUUCUGUUGAGUAUGCUUUCCUUCAGUCUAGUAAACAGUUUUUGCAGAUGAAACAGACUGUACCCCUCCUGGAAGGUGCACAGUUGCAGUGGAGGUCCAUCAAGCCUCAAGGGACAGAUUUCUCAUUGGAAUACCUUGUUCUGGGCAACAGAAACCCCAGCAAAGCUGCCUGCCAAAUGCUCUGCAAAUGGCUGGACACCUGUCUCACUAGCAGUAGCAGUUUUCACCCUUGCGGCAUCAUGCAGACUCCUUGUUCUUGCCAUGAAGGGGAGGUUCAGAGUCAGAUUCAUCCUAGUGAGAUAACAGGGUUAAAUAAGAAGAAGGAAGACUGUUUUAAAGAUGGGAUCUAUCUGGAAAACUGCAUGAGCAGCUCAAAAGGUGUGGGAGAAUUUCAGGGUAAGUGAAAAUUGCAUGUACUUUUUUUUUUUAAUCAGACCAUAUCAUCAUGCUGUGCUCGUUCUUUCCUGGCUUUCUUUUUUUUUUUUCUGAAUUCUUUGUACAAAUUGCAGAUUGCAAUGAGAUUAUGUGAUGUGUGCCUGUUUAAUUGUAAAUGUAUCCGCUGUGCAUUGCUAACGAAGGCUCUACUGCUGUUCCGACUGCUUCCGAUGCUAGCCAAAGACAGGCUCUGACUACUUAGCCAAAAGCACGAGAUCUGUCGUUAGUGGGCAGAAUUGCAUAGAAGGAGCUCCUUCCUCUUGGAGUUUUCAAACAAUAGUUUCUCAGAGUCACUUAUUGAAAAUAAAAAAGACAAAACACAUACACAAUGGUUUAUUUAAAUCAAACAACUGUUGUUGAUGUUCUGUGGUUUUGUAGAGCUGUGUUUUUGUGCAUCUAUGAAUCUACACUCAUUACUAUGGACAUUUUUCGAAGGAUCAUGUGUUGAUACUUUACAGUUCUGUCUCUCAGGAAACUGCAGUGUGCUUAGGACUAAAAUGUUUAACCCUCUGAGUACCUGCGAGUGUACUUUCUUGAUUUGCUCCAUACUGGCAUACAAACGGUUUAAAAAAACAUUGAUUCUAGAUGUACAUUCUGCAUAACAGAGGUCUUUUUCCAUUUUCUCGCAUGACUGCCAUUUAAACCCCUUAUUGCUUGUUUUCAUAUCUUGCAUGACUGCAGUUGAAACUCCUUGUUUUUUCAAAAUGUCUGACUUUCAAAGGGAUCAUUAUAGCACCGUUACGACUGUACCUUGUGUAAUUAAGAUGUAUAUUAAUCAAACGGCUUGUCAUGUUAACUCAUUUUGACUUGGUGUGCAUCUUUCUAAUGUUUGUUUCAUUUGGGCUAAAUGUCUAUAGGUUUAGGAAUUUAUUGAUUAAUGGGGACUCUCUAUUGUUACAUUUCAACCCCCUGAGUAGAUUAAAAGCUUAGAUGUCUUUUCAGCCCAAACGUAUUUUAACCUCUUGUGUUAUAGGUCCAAGCUCAUUGUCACUCUCCAGACUCUUAUAUUAAAGCAUAUGACUUUGGAAAAUGUAAAUAGAGGAUGUGUGGUUUUGUUCAUUUACUUAAACAGUUAAAGGUAUACAUUGCUGGUCCAGCUAUGUAUAGAUGAGAGUGGGUGGUCUCUCUAUUUUCCUACGUAAACUAUCCCUUACGUUAACUUUGAAAUCAUAUGGUUCAUGAUGGGCAUGUGUUACUCUAGAAAUGGCCACAUAUUAAAGUAAAUAGCUCUUGUUUUAGAGGAGUUACAUUUGAGCCUGGUACUGUGUAUUAUUCCUCUCCAUCCCAAGGAGGGUUAAUGAUCAUGAUUCCGGAUAUAGAGAUAUGGAGAUAUGGAGAGAAACUGGUGGUAUUUUUAAGGUUGAAUUUUGGAUCAGACAAUUAG